AUGGAGUUGUUAGGUGCAGUGAAGGUAGAUAAUGAAGAAAUUUACAACUUCCUUAAAAAUAUUUACAAUGGUGAACCAACAUUCAGCAGUUUAUUUAUAUAUUCUUGUCUAAUCGCAGUUACAAGAGGUGUGACUUUAAAUGAUUGCUUGGCCAAUUUCAAGCCUGGAGAAGCACACUUAGAAUCAAUGAGUAGACAGCUUAACGCUUUAGACUCGCGAAAUAAUGAUAAAGGCGAGUACAAAGCUGAUGGUAUUAUCAAACUUUAUAGAAUGAAAAAAAUAGAGCUGUUACUGUUGGAAUCAUCAGGGUCAUUAAAUAAUAAAGCAAAAAGCAAGAUAAACUAUGACCAUCAUAAUGGCAUUUACGGCAGUUUAACAAUGUUGAAAACAGUAGCUGAUAUUUUUUGCUUUGCCUCGAUUGAAUGUUUCAAAGUCUUUAAAAUUUACUUUUUACAGGCUGAAGAAGAAAAUUUAGAAAUAUUACGGACUUUUGAUGACAAACAUGAUCACCUUCCUAAUUUAAUACAGUUUUGGUGGAGAGUAAAGGCUUUAGUAACUGAAUCAGUAAAAGUUAUUUCAAAAUUGAGUGAAGAGCACAUUGUUAUAGAACAAACUCUGGAUAUAAGCAUAAUUCCCUUAAUUUUUUAUAUUUGUUAA